AUGAGGGGAGGAAUCAACAGUAACUACCGCUCUAAUAAAAAAAGUCAAUCAUCAAUUCUGCAACUAAAUACUUCAGCUAUUAAUGCAAUGGGACAAAAUAACAAUCGAACGAACGCGAAAAAUAUUAACACAACAGCAGCCUACAAUUUGGAAGAAAUGAUCGCGUACAUCCGGCAAAACCCCAAUAUAGCACUAGGUAUUCAUCAUCAUCUUACCGAAGCUCCACAUCUGCAACAACUUCAUACUCCAAUUGAAGCUUCAACACCACAAACACCUAAACGAAAUCUUGAUUCAAGUGAUAGCAAUGAUGCACAAAUAUCAAAACAGCAACGCGUUUUAUCGAACAGAAAACAAAAAGAAUAUGGUCAAAUGAAUGUAUCAACAGCUCCAAAGGCGUCACUUCCUUUGAAUAAUAAUAUUGUGCUAGAUCAACACCAACCACAAAUAUCAGAACAUCAACAAGGUCGUCUCCCAUUUGAGCAGCUGAAACGAGCUGUUUCAAGCAACCUUCCGUGUUUUUUAAUUGAAUAUGAUCAAGAUGUCAACUCGAAGAAUCGUCCAUCCGAUAUAUCAGCAGCAAGUUUUCUUGAAGAUCACUUCAAACAACAAGGAAUCUCAAUCACUUUCUCGCUCGUCGGUCAUUCAGGUAUUAAAUUAAAAUUAGGCGUAAGCAACAAAGAAAUGUAUGCAGCAUUAAUAUCUACUGAUAAAUGGCCGGCACAAAUCAAUAAUAUCAACAUCACUGUCAUAAAACCAAAAUUUAUUCCUGAUGCUUUCGCUCUUGUAGUACGCUACAUACCUCUUCAGUACAAUGAAGAAUAUGUCAAAGAAGAAAUUGAACGAAAUCUUCAAUCAGUUGAAAAUGUUAGACGCAUUCAAUAUCAUUUUCAACGAAGAACAAAUGAUUUUCGAUUUGUUGUUAAAGAUUUACGGGAAUAUAAUUCUACGAUAAAAUUAGGUCGAAUAUCGAUUGGAAAUACUCUCUGUACCAUUACUCCAUUCCUGACCGGGAAUCGUAUGACAUUUUGUACUCGUUGCUGGUGUUUAGGUCAUAUGAGAGAUAAAUGUGAACUAGAAAAUCCUCGUUGUCGUAUAUGUCUUGAAAAUCUUAUCAAUGGUCAAACGCACGUAUGUUUGAAUAGAGCUCGCUGUGCUCAAUGCAAUGGCGAUCAUCAAUCAUUAUCUAGUGAAUGUAAUAAAGUAGUAGAAUAUCGAUCAGAAUUAAAAGCUCAAGUCAACAAUGCGAUAUCGUCAGGAAAAUUACACCGAUUAAUACCUCAAGAACGCACUCAAUCAAUGGAGUUUCAAACAAAGCAAAAUGAAUUUCCAUCAUUACCACAGUGUAUGUCUGGUGCAACACCGUGGAAACUGGCUUCAUCACAACAAGCAACAACAACUAAUAUAAAUGGAAGUGAAGAUGUAACAAAAAUGCUGAUAUCGAUAAAUCAAAAUAUUUUAGAUAUGAAGGAGUAUACUCAUCGUAUUGAUGAAAAAUUAGAUCGUAUUAACGAUAAGGUCAAUCAAACUGCUCUAGAUACGGAACUUCAUCAAGCAACACUGGAGAAAUUAUUACCUAUAUGCGCAUCAAUCGUUUGUGACUUUAUUUGGCCCGUGAUGGCUCAGAACGUUGCUGGACUAGGUGACAAACAUUCACAAUUGCAAAAGCUAUUAAGUAACGUGGAUUUGUUAUUACGUGAUCUAAAGUCGGACUACUCAGCUCGACGUAAACGCAGUACAUCUCCGCCACCACAGCUCUCGCCAUCUCAACAACCUUCAAAAUCGCCUAAUAUCACUACGAACAUUGAACUUGAUCAAAAUAUGAGCAAAUAG